CAUUUGUCCGUACUGGGUUGUUUUUGCAACUAGUCAUUAAUUACUUACCCUCUCUGGCUUUCAACACCAAUACACCAACCCUUUCCCUCUCCCGUCAUUCAGUCGUCGAUUGUUUCGUACAUUGUUUAGACUAAUUCGCUUUGCAUUGUGAUUUUGGGUUUGGAGUUGUGAGUUAUGGCUUUGAGAGCAGGUUUGCCCACCUGGGUUUGUGGUAUGUCUGCGCAUUAUCCUGAUUUUGAUUUUAGGUGGUGUGGGUUUGGUUUCAAUUUGAGAUGGAAACCGAAAGCCAAGUGGGAAUGCUGUUGUUUGGAUGUUUUGGCUCAGAGGGCUAUCACUCCCAUUGAAGAUGAGAAGCCUGUCACUUCUCCUGAGGUGCAGCAAGAAUCUCCAAAGACGAUUCACCGGCAGUUUCACAAGGAUUUGAAUUUACUUCCUAAGCCCUUAUCUGCGACAGAUCUUUCUUCUUCGCCUGAUGGUAGUUCAAAAGUGAGGGUUGCCUACCAGGGAAUACCAGGUGCAUAUAGCGAGGCUGCUGCCCUAAAGGCUUACCCAAAAUGUGAGACUGUCCCGUGCGAACAGUUUGAAGCUGCAUUCCAGGCCGUUGAACUGUGGUUAGUGGAUAAAGCAAUUCUCCCCAUUGAGAAUUCGGUUGGUGGUAGCAUCCACCGUAAUUAUGAUUUACUCCUUCAUCAUAGGCUAUACAUAGUUGGGGAGGUUCGGAUGGCCGUUAACCAUUGCCUUCUGGGAUUGCCUGGUGUUCAGAUUAAGGAGUUAAAACGUGCCUUGAGCCAUCCCCAGGCGCUUGCCCAAUGUGAGAUGACUCUUAGCAACUUGGGAAUUAUCAGAGUUGGCGCUGAUGACACUGCUGGCGCUGCUAAGAUCAUAGCUGCUGGUGCCUCUAGAGAUACUGGAGCUGUUGCCAGUGCUCGAGCUGCAGAAAUCUAUGGGCUUGACAUUAUUGCCGAAAAAAUCCAGGAUGAUGAGGAUAACAUUACUCGUUUUCUGAUAUUGUCAAGAGAGCCUACCAUACCGGGAACUGGAAGGGAAUAUAAGACUAGCAUCGUCUUCACUUUGGAAGAAGGCCCUGGUAUUUUGUUCAAAGCAUUGGCGGCGUUCACUUUAAGGGGAAUCAGUUUAACUAAGAUUGAGAGCCGCCCAAGAAGAAAAUACCCUUUACGGGUUGUGAAUGAUCCUUGCAAAGGAAGUGCCAAGUACUUCCACUAUCUCUUUUACAUAGACUUGGAAGCUUCUAUGGCGGAGCCUCGAACCCAAAAUGCUUUAACACAUUUGCAGGAAAUUGCAACAUUUAUUCGAAUCCUUGGUUGCUACCCAGUGGAUAAUACUAUAAGUUGAAGCCAGAGAUGGAGGAUUAAACUUGGAAUGAGAGGCAUUAAUUGAUCGGUUGGAAUUUCUUCCUGCAACAUACUUAUUUUUCAUGCUUCUCAGUUCUCAUGGUGUAACAGGAAUACCUUUGUAUAGGGAGUAGGACUUUCUGUUAGAAGGGCAUCCCUCCUUUUUUUGUGAAACAUAGAGCCUUCACUAUGGGCAAUAGCAAAGUAGACUUAGGGUCUCUAUUCUGUCCAAAUCCUCAAGAUAUGAAAAAGGAUGUACAUAUGGAAAUUUGCAGCUUUGAAGUCAUAAUCAUUUGCAUUCUGUUCUGCUGUGUGUUAAUAUUCUUGUGUUUGAAUGAGCGAUGCGUUUGUGAAGCAAGAGGAACGGUGAAUCCAGGGUUUUAGAGCCCUAGAUGCAGACCUUUCUCACCAAUUCUCAUCAAGAUCUAUCUCCUCCAAGAUGAAUCCCGGGUUUGCUCAUUGAGUUUCGCUGGCAAUGAGGAUGGGGAAGAGAAUGAGGUGCCAGACAGGAAGUGAUGGUGAUUUUGAUGGAGCAGAUGGGUUGCUAGGCAUUGGACCAGGAAGUGAUUCUCUUCUCUCACAGGCUGCAAAUUUUUAUGGUCUCUUUUGUUACUUUCUCCCACCCUCAAAUAGCUCCGCAGGUUAUAUCAUGUCUGGUGUUUUGGCAAUGGAAACCUACAAUAUUGACCUUGAAAAUUUUCAUACCGCUUACGGGGGGAACCCAAAUGGAGGGACUAUCCCACUACCUGGUAAACCUUGUUGGCAAUGCAUCACCAUGGGCCAAACAAGAUUGGACAUGAAAGCCGACAUGGUUUCUUCACCACUUGGUGUUAUAAUUGAUUCUGGCACAACGAUCACUCGUCUACCUUGGAAAGUGGUCACGGUCAUGCCAGAAACGUUACUCCCCAUGGUCAAGUUAUGAUAGCAGCUACUGAGAAGACACGGGCUUUCCAAUACAAGUCAGUCUUUUCCCUUUUCCUUAAACAUCCUUGUCAAUACUUCGAAUAUUGACCUAGAAUUCGUGCCUGAAUUGCUUACUUUGAUCUAAUUGAUAUUUGAGAGAACAACAUAUGCAGAAAAGGGGUAAAUUCUCGGAUGUUCAAGCAGCAGAACAGAGUUCUAAUUACAAGGCCAUUACCAUAGGGUCCAUAAGCCACAUUACACAUAAUUGAGAGAACACCGUAUGCAGAAAAGGGGUAAAUUCUCGGAUGUUCAAGCAGCAGAACAGAGUAC